AUGAAGAUACAUUCAUCUGUAACAGAUCCAAAUGGUGUCAUUCAUCCAUGGGUAUUUGACUUUGAACUUGCAUUUUUCGAUCAAGAAAAAUUUCAAUGGGUCGAAAAAACAAUGUACGAUUGGUGGUGGUUAAGUAUUGUUUAUACUUUAUUUUACAUCGUUGCUAUAUUCAUUGGUCAACAAUGGAUGAUAAAACGAAAAGAAAAAUUCGAAUUGAGAACACUACUAAUCACUUGGAAUGCGAUGCUGACGAUAUUUAGUGUUUGGGGCGCAUGUCGAUGUGUACCGGAAUUUAUUUAUGCUCUACAACAUCAUGGAUUUUUAUAUUCGAUCUGUGAUGCGAGUUAUAAAAAUGGGAUCACUGGACUUUGGACUUGGUUAUUUAUGGCAUCAAAAUUACCUGAAACUGUGGAUACAUUAUUUAUUGUGUUGCGAGGACAAAAAUUAAUAUUUCUUCAUUGGUAUCAUCAUGCAUCAGUUCUUGUCUAUUGUUUCUUCAGCUAUUCAAUGUUCGUUUCAACUGGUCGUUGGUUUGUAUCAAUGAACUAUGUCGUUCAUUCUAUUAUGUACGGAUAUUUUGCAUUACGAGCCGCUCGUGUACGUGUUCCUCGUUUUCUUCAAAAAUUCAUUACAAUUCUACAAUUAGUUCAAAUGGUCUUUGGUUGUUUUGUUAAUCUUGCAGCAUUAAACUCUAAACAACGUGGAUAUGAAUGUGCUACUUCAGAUAUUAAUAUAAAAUUAUCGUUACUAUUGUAUGCUUCUUAUCUUAUUCUUUUCGGCCAUUUCUUUUAUAAUAGUUAUCUUCGGAAAGAUCCUUCGAAAAAAUCCAAUGGUAAAACAGAAUAG